AUGGUCAGGUCCGGAUCUCGACCGGGCCAGGUGAUAUCUUCAGGAAAGCACCCUGGAUCUAAGUUAACAAAUGGAAAGAAAGGGACCCACAUAAGAAAAACAGCACAUUUAAAUGCAGAUCCUGCCUGUCCUGUUCAUUCUGAUUCGGAAAAUCAGACGGAAACUGUGCAGGGACUUGAUGGCUGUGCGUCUUUGCUACGGGACAUUUUGAAAAACGAAGAUUCAGGCUCAGAAAUAGUAUGUUCAGAAAACAGAUGCAAUGCUAAACCUUUAGAAGGCAGAAAAUGCAGAUCUAAAACAAAAAGACCUGAAAAACAUGCUCCUUCAGUGAUUCGAAAAGAAAUAUUGUCUUCAGAAAAUAAAUGGAAAUCUCAUGAAGCUUCUACAGGAAGUGACAUAGCACAGCAUUGGUCAUUACAAGAUCAUUACAGGAUGUACUCACCAAUAAUCUAUCAAGCCCUCUGUGAGCAUGUGCAGACUCAAAUGUCACUGAUGAAUACCUUGGCUUCAAAAAAUGCCCCCAAUGGAUUGUCCUCUUCGUGUCAUACUCUGUCUGGUUCAGACUCUCAGGCAGUACCACAUUCUGGUUAUGGCUUUUCUGCUUCCACUUCAGUCUGGCCACCUCAGCAGCCGUCCUGCCCUCUAAUGGUUCACUCUGAAGUUCAGACUGAUGAUGAUAACCAGUUUGGAUCACAAGGUCCAACAACCUUUGGGAAGCACACUGACAUUCCCAGGAAUUCAUUUAGUGUCCAUCCUAGAAUUCCAUGUGCCCUUCCCUACCCUGACAGAGCAGCUGCUCCAACAUUUCAGCAGCUAAGUCUUGCUAAUUGGAUUAUGCCACAACAAAGAGCUCCUAAGGAAACAGACCUACUGAAGUGUUUCCAAACACAUAUGUCUCUGUUUCCAGCUCAUGGAAAAGACACUGUCUCGGACAGUCAGGCAUACCAGAACCCCUCUCAGUUACAGCCAGCCUUCUUGGCCAAAAGUGAAGAAAAAUGUGCCAAAGAACAAACUGGAAAGGCCACAAAUGAAGAAAAGUAUUUAAACGUACAUGUGCAAGAUGCAAAACUAGCCAAGAAUGUGCAGCAGGCGGAAAAUGUAGGCCCAAUUGCUGAAAAAGUCAGGAUUGCCAAGUGCUUGCUGGGAGAGCUCAAGGCCCUGGUUGCAGAAGAAGAGGACUCAGAAGUUCAGAGAUUGGUAGCAGAAGUAGAGGCGUGCGUAUCUGGACUUUCAGCAGUGAGUGGCCGCGCUAAUGUGGAGGUUGAAAUAGCGCUGGCCCUGCAGCCACUGAGAAGUGAGAAUGCUCAGCUUCGAAGGCAGCUGAGAAUUCUGAAUCAGCGCUUCCGAGAACAAGAGAAAACUGCAAAGGCACUGGGCAACCAUGAAUGCAAUAUAUCGAUGUUUUCCCUUCAGUCACUGAAUAUGUCACUGCAAAAUCAAUUGCAAGAGUCACUGAAGAGCCAGGAGUUACUACAGAGUAAAAAUGAAGAGCUCCUAAAAGUAAUAGAAAACCAGAGAGAUGAAAACAAAAAAUUUACUAUUUUAUUUAAAGACAAAGAGGAAACUCUACUUCAAAAUAAACAGCAGUUUGACAUUGAGAUGACAAGGGUAAAAAUUGAAUUGGAGGAAGCCUUGGCCAAUGAGAAGAACUCUCAGUUUAAAUUAGAGACUGCAGAAAAGGAAAAUCAGAUACUGGGAAUAACACUACGGCAGCGUGAUGCCGAGGUUGCACGACUUAGAGAAUUAACCAGAACUUUACAGAACAGUAUGGCAAAGCUGCUCUCGGAUCUCAGUGUGGACACUGCCUACUCCAAGAUGGGCAAUAGCCUCACCAAGUCACUCCUGCAUGUCUAUGAUCAACAGCUUCAACAGGACCCAGUCCCCCCUCACACUUCCAUAAUGAGCUACCUAAAUAAAUUAGAGGCAAAUCACAGCUUUACACAUUCGGGUCUACUUAACAAUGAGGAAACUGUAGAGCCAGACAAACUCUGUGAAAAUGUGCUGCCCACAGAAGGCCCCCCACAUAGUGACACGGGGCCAGUGGAUGGGGGCUCUGCACCUGGAAUAGUUUCUGCUUCUACAGAGGAUUCUGACACAGAGUGUGAAACUAUCACUUUAAUAGAAGAUGGAUGUAACUUGGACAGUACAGUUUAUAUUCCUUUUGCACGAAGCACUUUUAAAAAGCAUUUGCCGCUUUCUAAGAGGAUAUCCCCUCAGCCAAAGACAAGUGUUGCUACAACACAGCUAGGCAGCAGCCAUGCACUCGCCUCUAAAAGAGAAAGUAAACUAUGUGCACCUGUAGCUUGCUCGUCCCAAAAAGACGCAGAAGCUGCACCUGGAAAUCUCUCCAGACCAUAUGACAUGGAGGACAUGCAGCUCCUCAGGAAAAUAAAAGAAGCAAUUGAUAAGAUCCCUGCUGCUGCUGAACGCCCAAAAGAACAGUCCCCACAUCAUGGCCUGUCAGCUUGUCAUGGUCCUGCUGUUCCAGCAAAGGGCAACAUUGUCAGUGACGGCAGCUUUCUAAACUCUGACUUGAUGUCAGACUGGAGCAUCUCCUCGUUUUCAACGUUCACAUCUCAUGAUGAACAGGACUUCAGAAACGGCCUGGCCGCAUUGGAUGCUAACAUAGCCAGACUGCAGAAGUCCUUAAAGACUGGCCUUCUGGAGAAAUGAAUUUGGAAGAAGAUUGAAUGAGUACUUUUUUGAGAGAGUAGAA